CCCACCCCCUCCCCUCUGUGCCGUCCGUGCUUUUAUCAUCCGUCGCUCGCCCUCAAUCAAUUGCAACGACCGAAGCGAUCGCAUCCAAAAUGGAUGUUUACGGCACAGCGGUAACGGCCAUCACGCAGGCCUACCAGGUAACCGUUUUUAUCCAAGGCGUUAUCUCUGACAUCAAAUCCUUCGAUGAGGACCGGGCGGAAGUCCGCCUGAAGCUGAACGUGCAGCUCUCGACACUGCUCUUUUUCCGUCGCAUUUUUGUUCACCCUGAUCAUGGCCUGCUCCUGCCCGGAAAACUCGACCCUUUCAUUGCACAAACCAUCGAGGGCCUACUCGUUCAAAUGCGCAAGACAUUGACCGAGUAUGAGCUUGUGGCUGUCAAGUAUGGCCUUGUGAUAGGCGAUGAAGAGGACGGAGGCUUGGAGAGACCCGAGCAAGUCAAAGAAUCACUCCUGCAACGCAUCAAGACCAAAGCCACGUCCCUGAAGCUGAAGGGCUAUGAUUGGUCGUUGUUCGACAAGAAACGGGUGCACAAGAUACUUGAAGCCUAUACCAGCUGGUCGGCCGAUUUGCGCAAUUUGAUGCAGCAUCUAUCCCAGGAUACACUGUCCCGGGUAGUGGAUGAGAACGAUCAGGGCCUCAAGGCGACCGUGCUGGAGCCUGUGAUCAAGCGGCGAAAACUGAUCGAAGCGCAUGCUCCGGCUGACUUUCAGAGCUUGAAAGGCCAAGUCAGUGAGGAAGGUAACGUGUCGGGCGGCUAUCAAUUGGGAAGCUGGAAACCAUCCGGCUCGACAUCCGGCACGCCGGUGGUGAUAGAAUUUCAUGAGUAUGAAGGCAUGUUGAAAGGCGGUGAUCUCGAACCAGAUGAGAUUGAAGAGUUGAAAGAGCCCAUUCGCAAUCUAGCUUGGCUUUUGAAAAACAGCACCUUCAGUAGUCACAAGUCCUCCGAGACUGAACCAGGGUUAGAGCCACCUCAGAUUUAUGCGAUGGAGUGUUUAGGGUUCAUCGACCAGCCGGAAGAGGAGCGCAACGUCUUCCUCUAUAAACUUCCAACUUCAGAUGAGGUGGAUCAGCCACAAGACACAGCAGCGACAUCAAAACUCACCACCCUCCAUAGCUUCAUCAACGCUGUAGAUCGGGAGAACAAACGACCACUCAAACGGCCAUCCUUGAAUGAUAGGUUCAGCAUGGCGCAUUGCCUCGCAGUGACCCUACUAAAUGUCCACGCCUCGAAGUGGGUUCACAAGAAUGUCUGGAGCAAAGGAAUCCUCUUGUUUUUGCAGACUCCAGCAGGCGUCCGCACCUCGGGCCUUCAGGCGCACCGAUUGUCAAGCACCCCAAAGUCCCAAGAUCGAAUACUCGCCUAUCUGAGUGACUGGGGCUACGCACGGUCUGAGCAACAGGGCACGGACAUGCGUGGAGACUUCGAACCCGAAGCGAACCUCUACCGUCAUCCUGAUCGACAGGGAAAACCCACCCGACAGUUUCAACGGCGCCAUGACAUCUACGCCUUGGGUGUGGUGCUGUUGGAGAUUGGCCUUUGGGUGACGUUGUCUCGACUGAUGGAGUCUAAAAUCCGCGACGCCGAAAAGAACGGACGACUACCAAGGCCUAAAAAGGUCGCCUCGGAUUUGACUGCGCUAGCCCAGCAGAAUCUGCCAAAGGAGAUGGGCGACGGUUAUGCCCAGGCCACGAUAAAUUGUCUGACAGGGAAUUUUCGCGACGGGGAUGCAGAACUUGCCUUGGAAUUUCAAGAGAAGGUGGUGAAUGUGCUGGCUCAGGGAAUAAAGCUGUAAGAAGUUCGUUGCACAAGAAUGUAUUGGAUUGAACUCGCUUGAAAUUCCGUUCUGCUAUCGAUCUCUCUUUUCUAGUUUAGCCUUGACCUUCUGUUCGUAAUGAUCCUUCCAUCGUGCGAGAACGGCUGCCCGCUGACCAUCAGAGGCCAGCUGGAGCUCUGCGAU